AUGGCACCGAAAACAGCAUUAGUGAUUCUGUCUGGUGGAGCUGAAGAAAUGGAGACUGUUAUUACUGUUGAUGUUCUUCGACGAGGAGGGAUUGAGGUAACUCUCGCAGGUUUAACUGGGAAGGCGCCAGUCACUUGUUCUCGCAAAAUUGUUAUUGAACCGGAAGUCGCAUUAAGUGAUGUUGCAACAAAACUUUAUGAUGUUGUUGUUUUACCUGGCGGUCUGCAAGGCAGUGAGGCACUUGCUACGUCACCUGAAGUUGGCAAAAUUCUUCAUACUCAUUAUGAGAAACAGUCAAUCGUUGCUGCUAUUUGUGCAGCCCCAAAAGCUUUGAAAACUCAUUCGAUUGCUCCUGGAUGUCUAGUUACGUCCCACCCAUGCGUUAAAGACUUGCUCAUCGAUGCAGGGUAUAAGUAUACGGAAGAAAAAGUUGCGGUAUCCGGUAAAGUAGUCACCAGCCGUGGGCCCGGUACAACCUUCGAUUUUGCCCUAAAAUUAGUCGAGUUGCUCGUGGGACCAGAGAAAGUGAAAGAAGUUGUUGGGCCGAUGAUGUGGAGCCAUGAAACGUAA